AUGCACCUGAUCCUGCUCAUCUACAACUACUACCUCUCAACCGCUCAUACUUCGCAGGAGAUGAAAAAUGGAUUGAUUCUUCCCUUCCACAAGGGCAAAGGAAAGGAUCCCCGUGAUCCUAGGAACUAUCGAGGGAUUACAUUGUCUUCAUCCUUCUCCAAGCUCCUUGAGCUUAUCCUCAAACCAAGGCUAGAGAAGACCCUUCAAGGCAAUGGUAUACCAGAUGAGCUACAAUUCGGGUUCCAGAAAAACCACUCCUGGCAUGACGGCCUCUUCUACAAAGUGGAUCAAACCAACGUUGACCCUGCAUACACAGCCCUCCUCAGAUCUUUGUAUGAAAACAUGAAAAGCCGAGUACUGUGCUCUGACAAGACAAGUGGAGCCAUACCGAUACUCCAGGGUGUCAGGGAAGGUGGGCGUACUCUCCCCCCUGCUGUACACUGUUUUUGUUGA